GCCGCGCAGGAGAAGUUCAUUCCGCGUGAGGAGAUGAAGGAAGCUGAGGAAGCUGACGGCCUCAUUGAAUUCUUCGAGCGCGGGAAGCAGCGAAUCUUGAAAGGUAAUCAGCAGCCAGAAGUAGAUGCAGGAGUUGCGAAGGCUCCAGACACUCUCAACAUGUCAGGGGCCCAGGCUGUCUUGCAUGAUCGAGCGCUGUUGUCGAGCAUGGGAGGGUUGCAUGACAUCGAGGAAGUGGAUGAGGACCAGAUGGUUGACUCAGGCAGUCACGGGCCCACCCCCAUCCCCAGCAACAACCCUCGCUUGCAGGGGCGAGCGAGCUCUAAGAGCUCUCCCUACUCUCCCCUGCCUGUAGCAGAGGCGAAGUCCAGCUCCACUGCGCCGACCUUUCACGAGGAUGUCGUGGACAUUGCCAAGCGUUUGGAUGUUCGCAUACGAGGGACGUACGACGAGGAAGGCAACUACCUUCCUCCUGUUUCCAUGGAGACCCUUCGAGAGUGGAACGUGGCUAACUUGGAGUAUACCAGCAAGCGUGAGGAGCUCAAGGAGAAGGGAAUAAGGGCACCUGAUCUCUCUGGAGAGACUUGGCGAGGAUCAUUUCAGCAGGAUAAAGCCAACCUCAGCCUUUCAGGUGCACUCAAAGCUGCUGCUGGUGAAUUUUCGUUUGAGAGGUGGAGGCAAGAGCGAGGGUUAACGUAAAAUGUGCUGAAAUGAAUGAGGGUUAACGUAAAAUGUGCUGAAAUGAAUGAGGGUUAACGU